UCACAUCGAUAUGUCCGGUUGAGGAUUGCAAUUGCAGGAAGAUUUGAAGACCCUGUGCAAACAAUUUUUCACAAGAGAGAGGAGGAGAUUUUUUGAGAGAGAGAGAGAGAGAGAGAGAGAUGGACAACGGGCUAUCGUGGGCGGACCAAUGGGACUACAACGACGACCCACCUCCGGCGACGGCGUCCGAGGACCGGAAGAAGCAUAAAGACGGGUCGAAGUCCGGGAAGAAGAAAUUCAGCUUACAGUGGGUGAAAGAGCUGUGCAAGAAGUCGCACAACAAGUGAUGGAUCCUGCUUCAGGCAGAGAUCCCAAUUCUUGCCUUGGGAAUGUUGUUCAUAGGAAAAUUCCUUUUGUGAUCUCCAUUGGUUAUUCA